UCCCCUUAAUUUGAACGUUCAACGGUGUUCUUUAUUUCAUCCACAAAAUCUUGAAUAUCAUUUCAGGUUGCACGGUCAGUAAUAUAAGUCUCAAAAUCUCCAUGGUCAGGGACAUACCUUACCAGUGCGUUGAAUGAUGGGGCUUGUUUCGGAAAAUUUGCUUCUUCAGUUUGUGGGAAUAAUAAUUACAAUCGCUGGUGCGAUAUAUCUUUACCUGAAACAUGUCGCUUACCAUUACUGGAGUUCGAAGGGAAUCGCGCAGUCUACACCUACUAUUCCAUUUGGAAACCUGUGGCCGGUCAUUACUGCAAAAAAGUCCGUGGGUCAACUGAUGCGUGACCUGUACUUGGACUGCAGGGAGAACCGCAUGUUUGGAGUCUAUUCCUUCCACAAGCCAACACUGGUGGUCUGCGAUCCUGAGAUAAUCCGGUUCAUAAUGACGAAGGAGUUCACAGCGUUCCAGGACCGAGGGUUGUACCACAACGAGAAAAUUGAUCCGAUGUCUGGCCAGCUAUUCUUGCUCAGUGGUCCGAAGUGGAGGCCCCUCAGAGUGAAGUUUACGUCGACGUUCACCACCGGGAAAAUAAAACAGAUGUUUUCGCUGGUGAAAGAAGUCGCGGUGAAACUUGGGAAGUGCACGGCCAAGGAGGUGGACCAAAUCGGCGUUGUCGAAGUCAAGGAUCUCAUGGCCAGAUUUAACACGGAUGUAAUAACUGCGGUAGCCUUCGGCCUUGACAGUAAUAGCUUGGAGAACCCGGAAGCGGAGUUCCGCGCUUGGGGCCGGAAACUUCUUGAACCUCAAAUUUUUAAAAAUAUGCUGAUGACACUGUAUCCGUCGAUCAUAACGGCGUUGAACAUCAGUUUUAAUGACAAAGGUACUUCCGAUUUCAUAAUAAAUAUCGUCAAGGACAGUAUCGCUCAUAGAACGGCCAAUCACGUGAUUCGAAAGGACUUCAUGGACCUGGUUAUCCAGUUGAUAACUAAGGGCUUUGUGAACUCUGACGACGGCAAAGACGGGAGUCAAGAUCCAGCUGCCAGUGAGAAGAUCACUCUAUUGGAAGGAGCAGCUCAGGUCUUUGUAUUCUGGGUUGCCGGCUUCGAGACGUCUUCUAGCGCCGCCACUCACUGUCUCUACGAGAUGGCGAUGAAUCAGGACAUUCAGGAGAAGCUUGCCGAGGAAAUUAAUACCGUGUUAGAAAAAUUCGGAAGCUUGACAUACGACAGCAUUAUGGAAAUGUCCUAUCUUGACAAGGUUAUUUCAGAAACGCUCAGGAAGUAUCCUUCCUUCCCAAUCCUAAACAGGCAGUGCAACAGGGAAGUCGAGCUGCCCGAGACCGGGUUUGUGAUCCCAGUUGGAACCCCGAUAAUCUUUCCAGUGCUGGGAAUCCACCAUGACCCCGAAAUCUACCCCGAGCCGGAGAGAUUUGAUCCGGAACGUUUUAACCAAGAGAAUAUUGCAAAGCGACACCAAUACGCUUACCUGCCUUUUGGAAAAGGGCCCAGAAAUUGCAUCGGCAUGAAGUUCGGACUCCUUCAAACGAAAAUCGGUAUCAUCACUCUGCUUUCCGAGUAUCGUUUCAAGCCAGGACCGGACACCAAAGACCAUCUACCCACCGAAACAAAAAGUUUUUUUCUCACUCCUCGUGGUCAACUUAUGAGCGACCUGUAUUCAAAAUUCAAGAAAAACCGCAUAUUCGGAAUUUACUCGUUUCACAAAGCCAACCUCGUGGUCUGUGACCCCGAAGUGAUCCGGUUCAUACUGACGAAGGAGUUCAGGGCGUUCCAGGACCGCGGCAUGUAUCGCAAUGAAAAGCUCGAACCACUUCUGGGAAACAUAUUCCUAGUCGAAGGUUUGAAGUGGCGACGUCUCAGGGCCAAGUUCUCACCAACGUUCACGACCGUGAAAACGAAGAACAUGUUCUCGACGGUGAGAAAAAUUGCGGACAACCUCAGCAAGCAGAUAGUCAAGGAGACCAACCGGAGCGACCUCGUUGAGAUGAAGGACCUCAUGGCCAGUUUAUUGUGCCAUGCUAAAAGAUUUUCCACAGAUGUGAUCGCGUUGGCUGCUUUCGGGAUUAAAAGCAACAGCCUGGAGAAUCCGCAAGCGGAGUUUCAUGUCUGUGGCCAAAAGCUCGUCGAGCCUAAGCCAGUGAGGAAUGCACUUGCCACACUGUGUCCAUCGGUGAUGAAGAUGUUCAACAUAAAAUAUAUUGACAAAGAAAUUUCAAAUUUGAUAAUCACCGUCUGUAAGAACAGCGUCGAAUACAGGAGGGCCAACAACGUCGUCCGAAACGACUUCAUGGACCUGGUCAUUCAGCUGAUGACCAAGGGUUACGUGAACUCUGAUCACGGUAAAAACACGCAACAGGAUCCAGUGACUGACAAUGAGAAGAUCACCUUGCUGGAAGCAGCGGCUCAAGUCUUCAUUUUCUGGUUUGGUGGAUUCGAGACCUCUUCUACCACCGCCACUUACUGCCUCUACGAGAUGGCAAUGAAUCAGGUCAUACAAGAGAAGCUUGCCGAUGAAAUUAACAGCGUGAUACAGAAGUUCGGCAGCUUAACAUACGAUUCCAUCACGGAAAUGACGUAUCUUGACAAAGUGAUCUCAGAAACCCUCAGAAAGUAUCCAUCCUUCAUGAUCCUGAACAGGGAGUGCAACAGGGAAGUCGAGCUGCCCGAGACCGGGUUUGUCGUCCCGGUUGGAACCCCGAUAGUCGUUCCGGUGUUGGGUAUCCACCGCGACCCCGACAUUUACCCUGAACCGGAAAAAUUUGAUCCGGAACGCUUCAACCAAGAAAAUACCGCCAAGCGACACCGAUACGCGUACCUCCCGUUUGGCCAAGGGCCCAGAAACUGCAUAGUCGUUUCUGUCCCUUCAACAGGCAUGAAGUUUGGCCUCCUUCAAACAAAAAUCGGUAUCAUCACUCUGCUCUCCGAGUAUCGUUUCAAGCCAGGACCGGACACCAAAGUUCCCCUACCUGCCGAUACAGGAAAUUUUUUUCUGACUCCGCAAGGUAGAGUGACGCUACGUGUUGAAAAAAGGGAGAAAAAUAAAAAGAAUCAACUGUAACAAUAAGUCAUUUUUUGCAUCGUUAUGUAUAUAUUACCGUCUAUGUUCUACAGAGAUUUUCUAAUUCCGAGAAAGAAAAAUGGUGUGAAAGUAAACUCACGUCAUACCUUACAUUCUUGCUACAUCUCAGUACCCAUUGACUGAAAUUUUCGUCACAUAGCAUACGGCCAAUACCAUAUAAGAUUGGUAAAUCAGAUGAUCCUGAAUCCAAAAGUGCAAAUUUCAAACACCUUACACGCAGCAUACAAUCCGCGCGCAUCUUAAAGAAUGCCAAAAAAUUAGCCCAUCUCAAAAUUAUCAUCUCUUCUAAUUUUCGAAAUGUAGGUAAAUGAUAGUUCUGAGGUACCGAAAACAUGCUUUCGGCUAUCGACAGCACAGCGCUUAUGAAUUGAAGUUGAAGGAACUUCCAAAUAAAUUGUAUAAAAUGAAAGUGCAUGACAAAUGGGUGCCUACACUAAUCGUCAAUAGAAUGGCUAUGUUAUGAGAAUGUACGUUAGGCUAUGAAAUAACCUCCAAUAAAACUUUCAGAAAACUUGUAAUUACAGUAACUUAGCAUGUGUAAAUAGAUUC